CGGACUGGGCCAGGCUGGGCUGGGCUGGGCUGGAACAGCUCACUCCGGACAGCUCCCGCCGCCGCACAAACACCCCUGGCCAGCAGCCGGGACCCGGACCGCCGCCCCCAAAACCAUAAGACUCUCUCCCUCCUCCUCCUUCUCCUUCUCCUCCUCCUCCUCCUCCCCCUCUCCUUCCUCCUCCUCCUCGUCCUCCUCCUGUUCCUGCCUCUUCCUCUUCUUGCUCCCCUGGAGGGAAGGCUGGAUCAGAGAAGCGGCCAAGCCCGCCACCAGCGCCGCCCGGUCCGGCUGUCUGUCCCGGGACCGCUGCCCUUGGACACUGGAUAAAGAGUCGCUGACGGACGGAGACCAUGGACGGGGCCCUGUGCUUGGCCAGUGCACUGCUGCUUCUCCUCGCCUGCCCCUUCCCCUGCCCCUUCUGCUCUGCAGAUCCCAUGGAGACCAUGGGCUGUGACCUGCAACCUCUGGACCCUCACCGUGGGGAAGUGACUUACACCACUGGCCUGGUUCCUAGUGGCUGUGCCAGUCGGGGCCCUGCAGACUCAGCCCAAGAAGUCCACGUCCUCCAUCUCAAGUUCUCAAAGAUGUCUGAACUGAAGCUGGAAAUCAAGUCAGAAGACACCCAGCGGCGGGAGGUACAUCUGGUGAUCAGCGUCAACACUGCCAUCUCUCUCCGUCUGCAGGCACCAGGAAUCCAGCUCAGCCUGUCCUAUAAUCCUACCCUGCUGUACCCCUCAACUCCACAGCCGCCCCACACCGAGCUGCCCUACCUCGCCAACGGCAGCCAGCUCCUUCAGUGGGCACAGGACCGCUUUGGAGGCAUCACAUCCUACGCAGAGAUGGACGAUCCCCAAAAAAUCAAUUUCCGGCUGGGCCAGGCUCCUGAGCGGCCAGAGGAAUGCAACCCACAAGCCAACUUCAACGCGGGGAGCUACAUGGAGUGGGAGGCCAGGGCCUCAGAGGUGCGAAGUUGCAGUUUCCACAGUGGGCUGGUUGGGAAGGAGGCUCACAUCCUAAGGGUGCGGCAGGACCCCACGACCAGUGCUCAGACGGUGGAAGUGAAGCUGGACCUGACCUGUCAGGAGGGGAACACGGUGCAAGGGGAGGAGACCAUCCUGAUUCUGCAGAGUCAGCAGAGCGUGACCUGGGCCAUCGAUGCCCUCCAAGUGAAGAUCUGGUCCACAGGAGUUUACUUCGUCAAGGUGUUUCCUGAAAUGAAGGUCUCCGGCUUCGCCCUCCCCAACACCCAGGAAGGGCUGCUGCAAGAGGCCCUGAAGCUGAACGCCAGCCUCAUCGCCUCCUACACUGAGAUUCCACCCUCCAGCCAGGUGACCCUCAGCUUCCCCAGAUGCGGCCUAAGCACUAAGAUGCCAACUACCCCAGAAGUGAUCCUGACCAAGCGAAGCUGUGCCCGGCAGAUGCUGACAGAUGUGCUCAAAGCCGAGUGCUCUGGGAACUUCAUGGAGAUCGUGCUGGAUAAGCAGGUUCUAAUGGCCUUGCAAUGCCCGGUAUCAGACAUCUCCUUCCGGAAAAUGCCCGGCUGCCAGGCGCAGGAGGACACCAGCCACUUCUCCCUGCGCAGGUCCUCGUCUGAGUGCGCCAUGCAGGUGGAGGACUCCCUCCUGCUCAAGAACGAGGUGGUGGUGACCUUGACCUUGGACCCAGAGCCCCUGGUGGUGCCUGUCCAGUGCAUGAACCCUGAUGACCUCUCCUUCCAAAUGGACCUAUACCACAGCCCAGACUUCAAAGAACUCCUCACGUCCAUUGAGCCAGGUCAAAUGAUUUACGUUCAGGUGAAGGUGUCACCAGCAGGCAAGGAGAUGAACCUGCAGCUGCAGGAGUGCACACUGGACUUGGAGCCGGGCCCCAACAGCUGGACCCUGAUCCAGCUGGGCAUGGCCAAGAGUCCCUGGGUCAGCCUGCUGUCCCCUGGGUCCCCCAUGGGGCCUAACAAGAGAUUCAGCUUUCUCUUCUGGAAGGACCUGAUGCCCGCCCGAUCCACGGUCACCCUCAACUGCAGCAUCCGCCUGCAAUACAGGAGCUGGAGCAAGGAUUUCCAGGUGUCAGUUCUGAAGCAGCUGAAGAUCAGGAAUCCGGUCCAGCCCACCCAAGGCCUGGGUAUGCCUGCUGUCCUGGGCAUCACCUUUGGCGCCUUCCUCAUCGGGGCACUGCUCACGGCCGCCCUCUGGUACAUCUACUCGCAUACCCGUCCCACGGGCAAGAGGGAGCCUGUAAUGGCCACAGCCCCGGCCUCCGAGAGCAGCAGCACCAACCACAGCAUCGGCAGCACCCAAAGCACUCCCUGCUCCACCAGCAGCAUGGCGUAGCCUGCCUCGGCCCCAGCCCUCCCUCCACCCACCCAUCCACGGGAGAGGACUGGGUGCCCAUCUAGCCUAGACUGCACCAUAGUCACCGGAGAGGGAGGUCACGGACAGCACCACGGAGAGCCUCAUCCCGGCCCCUUUGCUACCCAAAUGCCAGGCCAGUCGGGUCCAGACCCGCCCCCUUGCCGGACAAAGACCAGGGGGCCACCCCUCCCACCCCUCUCUGGGCCCUGAACUUUCAGAGGUCACGGAGCUCGCUGGAGCCUGGCCACUCCAGACUGAGGGCAGCCGGUAAGUGCCCAGCAGGCGAGAGGACAGGCCGGUCGAGGGCUCACCUUAACCUGACCGUCGCAGACCCUGACAGUGCCCUGGUGAUGGGAAGAUCGGCUCUGCCGAUAAGCAAGACUUUGGGCCUCCGUCAUCCCCACCUACCUGCGGCUCGGCUGCUGGGGACUGGGGCCGUGCUCCCCUUCCCCUUCCUGGGCGGCGAGGAGCGUCCGAUGUCUUGGCCAGCCUGGGCUGCGGCCCUCUCUCCUGACGUCAAGGUCUUAUACAUUCAAUGAAUGGUUGUAUCCACCCCAGCCUCCAACCCCAAGUAAACCCCCUCCUCCCUUAACCCAGCACAGGCCCUGCCUCCCUCUUUCUAGGCUUCUUCCCUGCUCGCCCCCAGAAACCUCUGCCUGCAGUCAAAUCCUCCCGAGUGUCCGGAGGGCUGAGGAGUGGAAGAGAGGAGGGUUGAAGCACCUUCGGGUUGACUCUGGCUGUGGUAGAGGGGAAGGGAGGAGGCCAGCAGAGAGCCCGCUCUGUACCUGUGCAUACGGCAUUGUAAAGCUAUUGUAUUAACAUAUUUCUUCCUUGUAUUUUUAUCCUGAGAUGAGAGGUCAGAGAAGGCUGGGGAAGCCAGAGGAGUGGAUUUGAAGCCCACAGCACACCUGUGGGCUUUGCUCCAGUCAGCUGCUAUUUAUUCAAGGGACUUGAGGGACCCAAGCUGAACUCUUAAUGGGACCCCCAGGCCAGGGGCUCAGCUGCCGCCUCACAGGCUGGACCGGGCUCAUGGGUGAGGGCCGGGGUGAAGUGGGAGAAUGGGGGCCGGGAAGGAUGCCAGUUCCAGAGUACCUCUCUGUCCUCUUUGGGGUCUGGAGCUGUGCUAAGGAGUGGAGUCCCGGCCGCAGGGGACGACAAGCCCGGCCGUCUCUGCCUGUGAAGUUCCUCCAGGCCUCAGCUUCCUUUGCCAGCCGGGGCCCAUCAUCCAACGCCUUCCACCGUAGCUUUGCAGCUGGAGUUAAGUGCAGCCAGUGCAGGCUCUGGACAAAGAAAGCCAAUCCAGAGAGGUUUGCUGGCCCAAGGGCAGCCCUCCACCAUCCUGCUGAACUCCAAGAGGCUCCCUGGAAAGGGUCAGACCGCACUUUUCCCAUUUACUACAGUCCAUGCCACCGUCCCUUGGCAGGAAUCCCUAACCGCCCCCGCCCCACCCAGGUCCACCCUGCCCAGAAAUAGGGUACAGUGACUGCCUCCUGUUGGCCUGUCUCAGAGCGUCCCGCCCCUAGCGUGUGGCAGACGUGAGGGGGAGAGAAAGCAGUGGUCCUCGCCAGAGAGCGCCAGAACUGGGGGGCUCCAGCAUUCUACCUGCCACCAAUAAACCUAGCCCAGAAAACACCA